UCAUUUAUUAGUUUUGUGACAUUGGGCAAUUUAUGUAACCUCCCAGAGCCUCAGUUUCCUAAACUGGAAGGGUUUGAUCAGAUGAUUUGUAACAUUAUAAAGAAUGUUGUAAAAUUUCUUGUUUGCUUUUGAGUGGGGUUUACUUUUGUGUUGUGUGGGGAUAGGGAGUUGAGGCAAGCAAAGGGAAAGAUGAAAAGAGGCAGGCGGGCGGACAUGGAAGGAAGAUGGGCGGAAGUACAAAGGAGGACGGAGAGAAACCGGGAGUGCCGAUGGGAAACAAAAACCCAGAGAGCAUAACAAAGGAAAACAGACACAAGGAAGGUUACCCUGGAAAACAGAUGACUAGACUUAUUAAAAUCAUGGCUGACUAUCAUGGCAGUGGCUGUCACCACGGGCUACUUGGAAAGGAAGUUAUUGUGGUGAUCAGAAAUAUACACCGAAGGAGAGGGGAUGAAAAUAACGAGCCUCUGACCCCAGGUUAUCAUGGAUUCCCAGCACGGGACAGCCAGGGUAACCAGGAGCCAACAACAACUCCUGACGCAAUGGUUCAGCCUUUUACUACCAUCCCAUUUCCACCACCUCCACAAAAUGGGAUUCCCACAGAAUACGGAGUGCCACACACUCAGGACUAUGCCGGCCAGACCAGUGAGCAUAACCUGACCCUCUAUGGAAGCACGCAAGCCCACGGGGAGCAGAGCAGCAGCUCACCCAGCACGCAGAACGGAUCUCUGACGCAGACAGAAGGGGGCGCACAGACAGAAGGCCAGCAGUCACAGACGCAAAGUAGUGAAAAUUCAGAGAGUAAAUCUACCCCUAAACGCCUGCAUGUCUCUAAUAUUCCUUUCCGCUUCCGGGAUCCUGACCUCCGGCAGAUGUUUGGGCAGUUUGGCAAAAUCCUAGAUGUAGAAAUAAUCUUUAAUGAACGUGGCUCUAAGGGAUUCGGGUUCGUAACUUUCGAGAAUAGUGCUGAUGCAGACAGGGCCAGGGAGAAAUUACACGGCACCGUGGUAGAGGGCCGUAAAAUCGAGGUGAAUAAUGCUACAGCACGUGUAAUGACCAAUAAGAAGAUGGUCACACCAUAUGCAAAUGGUUGGAAAUUAAGCCCAGUAGUUGGAGCUGUAUAUGGGCCCGAGUUGUACGCAGCAUCCAGCUUUCAAGCAGAUGUGUCCCUAGGCAAUGACGCGGCAGUGCCCCUGUCAGGAAGAGGGGGCAUCAACACUUACAUUCCUUUAAUCAUUCCUGGCUUCCCUUACCCAACUGCAGCCACCACGGCGGCCGCUUUCAGAGGAGCCCACCUGAGGGGCAGGGGGCGGACAGUAUACGGUGCAGUACGAGCGGUACCUCCAACAGCCAUUCCCGCCUAUCCAGGUGUGGUUUACCAGGACGGAUUUUACGGUGCUGACCUCUAUAUAGAAUCUGCAAACUGCUUCAGAUCAAACAGGGUGGAUACGCAGCCUACAGAUAUGCACAGCCUGCUACUGCAACCGCUGCCACCGCCGCCGCCGCCGCCGCCGCCGCUUACAGCGACGGUUAUGGCAGGGUGUACACGGCCGACCCCUACCAUGCCCUUGCCCCUGCCGCUAGCUAUGGAGUUGGCGCUGUGGCGAGUUUAUACCGAGGUGGCUACAGCCGAUUUGCCCCUUACUGAAGUGACGUGAGACCCCUGCAAGUGGGACAGCCCCCCAGUUCAUGAGGCCUGGCUAUUGCAAUAUUUACUAGUAGAGGAACUCUAUAGCAAGAUGAAGAGGAAAAACAAACAAACAAAAAACACAAAAAAAGAGAGAAUACUUUUUUAUACCUCACUAUGUUCUUUGAAUAUGUAUUUUUCCUUUAAAUUUCUGCCUUUAAUUCUUUUGUUCCAAAGAUUGUGCAUUUUUUUCUUUUUUCUUUUUUUAACUGUGGUAAAAAAAAAAAAAAAAUAACGCAUUUCCAUGUCUGUAUGUCCGUGCUUAGCUUAUUCUGUCAAUCACGGAAGAGGCAGUUAAUGAGGAAGGAGAGACAUUAGGAGCUGAUAAAUGCGUCUGAUCAGAAAUCAGCAGACAGAAUUACCAAAGUGUAUCUGGUGCUGAAUGGCUGUGGGACAAGCAGAAGUGAAAGAGAUCUCUCUGCAACAGGAUAUCCUUCUAGUCUUCUGAGUUUCUGGUCUUUGGCAGGCAAUUCUGAAUGGCUGUGGCUGGAAUCCACAUGCUAAUAGACUAUAGGAAUGUGUGCUGGCAAAGCAGGAGAAUCACUAAGACACUUUCCUCUCCUCUUCCCUCCUGUCUCCUCAUUCUCUUUACAAUCAUCUUACACGCAAGGCCUGAGACAGUUGGCAUCGUUUUUGGAAUUAUAGUAUUAAUAUUUCCAGACAUGCGCUCAGACUGUGGAUAAUAAACACCUCAUUAGGAAACCGGUCUCGGAAUGAACUCUGGAGUAUGAAAAAGAUCACUCUUUUCUUUCCUGUAAACCCUAGCAUUCCUGCUGGGCUGCUUUUCCUUUCGUUGAACCACAGCUUAGCUCAUCUCUCCUUUUAUUAACACCCUGCUCCCAUGUCCUUGAGAUUCAGGAAUUUAGGACCCAGGGACAGAAGAAUAAGUAGCCAGUGGCCAGAUUUCCCCCGAGGUGUCUGGGCACGGCUUGAGGGCUAGAAGUACAAAUUGUCACGCACCAGUGAAGAGGGUGAGGGCAAGAAAAGGGGUGUUAGACGAUGUCAGAUUAAGGCGCCCUGAUAUUCCCGAUCUUUCUCUUGCAUCAAAAAGUCAGUACAAAGAAAACAUAAAAUAAAGGCUCUGGUGGCAAAAGAUAAAGCAUCGAGCCCUAGAUCCGCUGUCCCUGGAGGUCUCCGUGAGUAGGGCAUGUGAGGGCAGGCAGAGGCACUUUGUACACGCUCCAAAGCCAUAGGACUUUUCAUCUUCCAGAGCCUUUACGAGUCACUUCUGUCCACAGUCUGGAGCCCUCGUGGCCAUUCCACCCAGCUUCUCACUCUCCUCCAAAGACACCCAGCUGAGCACCUGGACCGCUUGGUACUCAUGAACACUACAGGACAUGAUGACACAAUCCCCGGAGGCUGCUCCCCUCCCGUACACGAAUGAGAGUCUGAAACGGCCAG